AUGGAUUCUCAAGAAGAAAAGAGAUUGUGCGACUGUUUAAAUUUAAUUAUUCAACAUGUGUCUGCUGUUUUAACGCAAUUAAAAACCAAACACGACCUUGAUCCAAAGCCACCUUCAUCCAGCACGAUAGCUGAUGUCAAGUCUACAUUGAAAACAACAGCGAUCACUACAGACGAUGAUCCUCUCUUUGCGAACUCAGUACAAAACAAUAAUGUGAACUCAUUUACAAUUGAUAUUGAGGAAGACGAAUUAUUAAAUAAGUUAACAAAGGAUGUCGAGACUAUAUUAAAAGGAAGCUUACCAAGAUUAUCACCGCUCUGCUCCCAAUAUUUUGAGCAAUUUUUACAUCAAUAUCAUUUUGACAAAGAUCAACGAGUAUUCACUCAAGAAUUGGCAGCAAAUAUACUGUAUAAUUUCGAUCAAAAUCUUAAAGGUUUAUUAAUGGCAGCAAAAGCUUACCCGGCUGCAUUGAAAGGAGAUCUAGCAGUUGUUAAAAAAUUUCUUCGUCAGCAUCCCGAUUACAAAGACAAGUCAGGCUUUUGGGGCACAACAUUAUUA